GACUGUAACCUGAACGAUGAUCAUCGUCACUGUCUUUGCUUCUGUUGAAUAGCUGAUAUCGGUGGCUUGUGAGAAUGCUAGUGUUUGCUUCACACAGCGGCCCCAACUAUGGGUCUGACGUGCGAGGCUGUGAGGAACACAGACUCAAUGCGUUAAUACUAAGUACUAAAUAGAACCCGCUGCAUUCAUCGAUAGAGUCAACUCACAACCUUUCCCCUCUGACUUAGAUUCGAACUGGGAUGGUAUUCGUACAGCUUGACUCUAUAAACGAGAUUGACUGCAGAGGUCAGGAGGUGAAUCCAGACAUCAGUGGUAUCGGCGUAAGAGUUAGCUUCUAUCUGCAAAAUGUCUUCCUACUUUUUCUAGUGAAUCGUUCCUGGGAGGAUGCGCCUGGCGCGUUAUGGACCUUCACGAUGACGAACAUCGGAUUGACGGUAGCUGCGAUCGUCCAAACGGCCAAUCAGCAACUUUCGCUCUUCCAAGCCCUACAAGUCUCAAACCUCGUCUGGCUCGCCAACUUCGGCUGUUUCUUUGCGCUUGCUUCGUAUUCUCGUCGCAGAGAUACGAAGAAGAAAGUACGCGACGGCCUCUCAGAAAAUCAUGUACCUACUACAAGUCAUACGCCAAACCUCAACUGGGUAAACAGCAUACCGAGAUAUGCUAGUAUGCUGCAGAUGCUCUUCUCCAUGGCCUUGACUCUGUAUACAUGGGCGAAUGCGAGCUCCUUUGGGAAUCAAGACGCAUGCGCUCCCUUUGUCAAAUAUGUUGUCUUCUUCGCUACGCUUCCAGCUCUGGGUUCUGGCAGAGUUGUUGCACUCACUGUGACAUCCUUUCUUACUGCCGUCUAUGUAGCGCUUUCACUGCAUGAGCUGCUCGCCCAGUAUUGUUCGUAUCGACGCGGGACGCGGCAUUCCGACCUUCACUUUUCCAGAGCUGAACUUGAACCGGGUUACAUCGCAUAUCUUUCCAUACAUAAAUCCAAAGGCACACGCUUGGCAGUCGACCCUAUGCUCGUCGGGAUCCUCAUAUGCCAAGCUGUCGUGUUUGUGUAUUUCAUCAUCUGCACGGAAUUACUUUUGCAGCGCAAUCCUUCUAUUUAUAGUAGUUCCGACAAUGAGUGGGGAUUCGGGCAGAUCCUCGCGCUCAUCGUGAUUGUCCCAUCCUUGAUAUCUCUCAUUCAAGCUUUCCAGAAGCAUGGCCUGGGCAGCCUCCACCAUCUCAAGAGCAGGCCGCGUCGGCGGCACUCAACGGCAUAGCCAUGAACGUUUUCUGCUGUCGGUUGAUACAUACUUAUCGCCCUUGCUUCCUUUCGUGUUUCUCUCUUGUUCGAUUCUCGUUCCGCUCAGCAUAUUGCAUCUUCUUGCUAGAUGAAAUACCAUUGAUCUCCUGCGACAUCACACCUUGCUCUUGUGCUACAUGGGACUAUUAUUCUACGGGUUUGACUGACUAGAUGUAAAGGCUCCCCCGGCUGCUUGACUUAAUCCACAACUUCACGGACGCCUGCAAACCAUGAGACUUCAGAAGGCUGAUGUGGG